AUGUCGGAGCCCGGUGCCCCCGCGGCCGGCGACAAAGCGCCCCGGCUCCAGGACCGGGUCCUGGGCGGGGUGCGCUGGGGCCGCCUCCUGGAGCCCUUGGGCUUCAUCAAGGUGCUGGAAUGGAUGAGCGCCAUUUCCAUCCAGUUCGGGUACCCCUUCAGGUUAUACCAGAUCCCCUUCGAGAUGCCGGACUGCGGGGGGGAGUCGGAGUCCCGCACCCUGCACCUCGUCGGCGAUUUCUCCGCUCCCGCUGAAUUUUUCGUGACCCUGGGGGUCUUCUCCUUCCUCUACGCCAUGGCAGCUCUGGUGCUUUACCUGCGCUUUCAUUCCCUCUACGGCGAAAAUAAGAAGCUUCCCUUCGCGCAACUGGGCACAAGGGUUUAUCUCUUCGGCUUCAUCAACUUCCUGCUGUGGGCCGGGAACUGCUGGUUCGUGCUGCAGGAGACGGCGUGGCAGGCGCCUGCGCCCCGCGACAGCGCGGCCGAGCUAUAUAGGGGGCUGCGUAACCCGGGCGUCCUGUUCUGUAUGGGGGGGCUGUACCUGUAA